UAAUUUGAAAGAUAUAUAAGUUUGUAUGUAAAAACAACUAAUUUCGUGAACUCAAAUUUUUCAAGCAAUUAAAACUUUUAUAUAACAAAAGAAGUAUGUGAUAUUAUUUUUAAAACAUCUGAAAGUGUUGUUUACAUAUGGAAAAUAAGUAAAACUUAAAAGAAAUACGCGAAUGUCAAAGAUACUCACAAAGUGCUUCACAAUUUGUAAAAGUCAAUCAACGCCCUCACUUUAGACUGAUGCGCAAGAAAACAUUAUUGUAGAUCACCACUUGAGUACUUAAAGAUCGUUCUAUUUUGUAUAAUUUAUGUAUAUAAAUCAGCUGCAGUUUCGCUAAAUUGCGGUCAAUCAUACAAGGCAGAAUCAAGUUAAUUUCGUUGCGAAACAAUAAGACCUAUUGAUCAUUUCCUUGUUCAGUGUCUGUGAAACCCUUCAAAAUUGUAAUUAAAUCAGCAUUUCAGCCGCAGUUCUAAUUUGUGAAAGAACCUAUAAAUGAAUUCUAAAAAUAAGAACAUAAAUAAAAAUCAGAUACCGUAGAAAAUAGAAGUGGGAAAUUCUCGUUCGAUUGUGUGCAAAGCAACAGAAACACAGCAAAAAAUAUUCAGAAAUGUUUUCUGAUUAUUUUCUUCCCUGUGCGCUUCAUUGAAAUAAACAAUAAUUCAUCUGGCAUAACGCCAGCGGUUAAAUGUUGAUCUUCAAUAUGACUCCCAGCCAUUCCCAGCACAAAUUUUGACAUUUGAAGAAACGUUGGGAGCUAAUCCAAAUAGUUUUGUACAAUCAAAAAAAAAUACAAAUAAUGCAAAUCGAGAAACAACAAAACAAUAAUUUACAAAAUAUAUACAACAGGUGGACUAAAAAUACUCGAAUAAAUAAAGUAUUUAAGAUUUUAUAGUAAGACAAAAAUACAUUGAUAUUGGCUAAAAUAAGCAACGUUGACUAGCAAAUUCGCAGGUUGAUAAAUAGCACAGCUGACGCUUCGGUACUGAUUCAUGCACUUAGAAAACCAUUUCACGAAAGAAAGCAAAGGCAAAUUAGCACAGAGAUUGGCAGUCCACUUGUCGUACAAGUUCAAGCAGCAGACGUCAUCACAUAUACGAAUACACAAUGUCGGAUUUGUUUAUGGAUAUGCAUCACCGACGCUUAAAUAGAGCAGCUGCUGCCAAGGAAGCAACAAGUUUCAACAGCUGCAUGAGCAAUGCGAGCAAUGCCAGCAAAUCCACAAAUAGCAGCUAUAAUUCCCAUGCGGACAACGAUUUAUUAAAUGAUGAUGAAGAUCUAUUUGACAAUAUUUUGAGUCUGAAACUAAAGAAGCCAAAAAACUGGAAAUGGGAACUGAGCACCUCACGUUCCUGUUCAAACAUUGCACUGCCACGAAUCUUACUUUACGAUCACAAAGGUAAAUUACUUGUCGAUGCCAACAGUCAGACUGAACAGGUGUUCAAACAGCAAGAAACUCCACAAUCCAAAAACGGGCAUGAAACACGCAAGCGAGCAAGUAGAGCUAGUAAAGCAGCAACCACAAAUCUGACGCACAGUAUGAGCCAAAUUCUGAACAGUGACUUUAAUGAGCUACAAAUUGGAGAAGUGACACCAUCAACUGAAUCAAAUAGUCUUAUACAUACUGUGCACAGCUUAUCACCAGCUACAACAAUACGCUCUGCAAUCGAUUUCUAUACCAAUGAUUUGCCGGAUUAUAAAUUUGAGAGACGCUCCAGUUCUUUGAAAGGUGUACGUUUUCAAGUCGACGAUGCGAAGUCUGCAACAAGUAAUAGUUUUCACAUUGUUGAUCUACCAACACCGCCUUCAACUACUACCACAGGCACAACACCGUCGUCCUCAUCUCCGUCGGGACCCAGAGAAAAGAAACGUUAUCGUCGCUCACAUAGCACAGGUCGUCCAAAUACAAAGCCGUCAUCUAUUCUAGAACGCUUCAGUAUGAGUAAAGGACGCUUCUCCUCACCUGAAUAUGCAGAUGAGCAUGAAAUCAAGCAUUCACCACGUUAUUACUUGAGCACAAGCAAGGCUGGUACUUUGGUGGUGCAAGAGGAUAGCUUCAGUCGUUAUCGUCGUCGUCGGAAACCCAAAAACUCCUCGAGUGAAAAUAUGCUAGAUGUGCUUUCACCCAAAAGUAGCACAACAAAUUCCCUCAAAACGCUUAAUACACUGAAUCCACCAAUGCAAGCUAAGUUGAAGCUAUGUGCGGAACCACAAACUGGCAGCCUACAAGAUGUUGCAGAACUACAAGAGAAAAUUAGAAAAAAGUCUUUGCCUAUAAGAAGGUAUCGUAGUGAUGGUAAUAUAUUACUACAAAAACAAUUAUCAACAUCAGAGGAUGAAGAGGAUGAUUCUAAACGCAACCGAACAAAAUAUCGAAAGCAAAGCAACAAAAGAGGUUUAGUAACAAUUGAUUCAGACAAUGGAGUGAUACAUUCAGCUGAAAGAAUGCAUGAGAGAUGACUUAGAACUAAAAAAUAAUAAUAAUCUUUUUUGAAAAAAAUACAUGUGAUUUAUGGCAGUGUUUCUCGACCCGAAACGUACUGAAGACUGUGGCAAUGUUUAAUGUGUUUUACAAGAACCGGUACCAAUAUCUUCCUUAAAUUAAAUUAUAUUGUUAGAGCAAAAAUUUCAAUAUUGCAAUGUGGCAAUGUCACAGAUACGUAACGGUCCUACGGUUGAUAAACACUGUUAUAUACUGUAUAAUAGAACCUAGAAGUACUAUUAUAUGUUGCCUUGGCUGUAAAUAAAAAAAUUAAUUUUGGAAAGUUUAUUUUAAAAAUUUUAUUUCAAUGUACCUUUCUAAAGAAACAAA